AUGAGUGUAACUGCAGCAGCGAGUGGAUUUGUUGUCCUUCUUCUCACUGUGACAGUGGUACAGUGUGAGAAUGGCUGGGAUGUGAGUUACACUUCUACUGAGAUCUGUGCCGUCAGAGGAUCAACAGUGGACAUUACCUGUACCUACACAUACCCAUCCACAUUUAAUAACCAUGAUACUACAGUUCAGGAAACUUUCUGGUUCAUUCAAGAGAGUAAUGGGAUUCACGUUGAUCUAAGGACUGAUCCGGAGUAUUCAGGUCGUGUGGAGUAUCUCUGUGGAAACAACAAGUGCACUCUGAGAAUCUCUAACCUGAGAGAGAGCGACUCAGCUGUGUACAAGUUCAGGUUCACAACAAACCAACCUACUGGGAGUUUAACUGGUUCAGCUGGAGUCACUCUGUCUGUCACAGAUUUGCAUGUGCAGGUGAGCAGAUCAGUGAAGGGUGACUCUCGUAACUGGGCAGAGCUCAGGUGUCAGAGCAGUUGUCGUCUUCCUGAUCAUCUGAACUACGUCUGGUACAAGAAUCAACAGAAGAAGAAGGAAGGAGCAUCUUAUUCAGAUUAUUUUUAUUCUGCAGACAGAGUUUCCUGUGCUGUUAAAGGACACGAGGAUUUUCGCUCUCCGUCAAUGUUGGUACAGUGUGAGAAUGGCUGGGAUGUGAGUUACACUUCUACUGAGAUCUGUGCCGUCAGAGGAUCAACAGUGGACAUUACCUGUACCUACACAUACCCAUCCACAUUUAAUAACCAUGAUACUACAGUUCAGGAAACUUUCUGGUUCAUUCAAGAGAGUAAUGGGAUUCACGUUGAUCUAAGGACUGAUCCGGAGUAUUCAGGUCGUGUGGAGUAUCUCUGUGAAAACAACAAGUGCACUCUGAGAAUCUCUAACCUGACAGAGAGCGACUCAGCUGUGUACAAGUUCAGGUUCACAACAAACCAACCUACUGGGAGUUUAACUGGUUCAGCUGGAGUCACUCUGUCUGUCACAGACCCUCAGCUCCAGGUACAUGUGAGGAGAUCAACAGCCAAUCCAUAUUCUACCUGGACAGAGCUGACCUGUCACAGCAGGUGUCAGCUCCCUGAUCAUCUUUCCUACGUUUGGUACAAUAACAAUAAACUUGUUGGACGAAAAAAAUACUUUCACCUCCAACACUUUAAUGCUGAAGACAGCUAUCACUGUGCUAUAGAAGGACAUGAGCGUUUCCCUUCUCCUACAUUGGAUGCUCCAAAGGUUCCCUCUGUGUCAGUGAGUCCCUCUGGUGAGAUCAUGGAGGGCAGCUCAGUGACUCUGACCUGCAGCAGUGAUGCUAACCCAGCAGCUCAUUACACCUGGUACAAGGAGGACGAGGACUCACCAAAAGCAUCAGGACAAAUCUUCACCAUCACUAAUAUCACAGCUGAACAUGGUGGAAAUUAUCGUCUACCCAAUGAGUCUGAGGAAAACUGUGACCUUCACUAUGCCAGUGUCCACUUCAUGAAGAGUCAGACGGAUCCCAUCUACUCCCACGUCGGAUCAGCUGAACCCAGCAAACACAAGGAGGCGGAGGAGGUUGCGUACGCUUCUGUCAACUUUAACAGAUCUGCCCCGAGACGCUCCAAAGGUGUGUCAGUGAGUCCCUCUGGUGAGAUCAUGGAGGGCAGCUCGGUGACUCUGACCUGCAGCAGUGAUGCUAACCCAGCAGCUAAAUACACCUGGUACAAGAGAAGUGGAGAUAAAGAAGUUCCACCUCUCAGUGAAGAGACACAAUUUGUCCUCAGCUCCAUCUGGUCGUCAGACUCUGGAGAGUAUUACUGCACAGCUGAGAAUGAGCUGGGAAGGAGUUCAGCAAACAUCUCUAUUACUGUGACAUACGCUCCAAAGGUUCCCUCUGUGUCAGUGAGUCCCUCUGGUGAGAUCAUGGAGGGCAGCUCGGUGACUCUGACCUGCAGCAGUGAUGCUAACCCAGCAGCUAAUUACACCUGGUACAAGGAGAACCGAACUCUGCUUCAAGGACCAGAGGGCGUUUAUCGUCUCUCCUCCAUCAGCUCUGGGGACAGCGGGGUCUACUCCUGCAAGUCUGAGAAUCAGUACGGACGGAUCAACUCCACGUCUCUACACGUAGACGUCCAGUACGCUCCACAGUCCUCCUCUGUGUCAGUGAGUCCCUCUGGUGAGAUCAUGGAGGGCAGCUCGGUGACUCUGACCUGCAGCAGUGAUGCUAACCCAGCAGCUAAUUACACCUGGUACAAGGAGAACCGAACUCUGCUUCAAGGACCAGAGGGCGUUUAUCGUCUCUCCUCCAUCAGCUCUGGGGACAGCGGGGUCUACUCCUGCAAGUCUGAGAAUCAGUACGGACGGAUCAACUCCACGUCUCUACACUUAGACGUCCAGUAUGCUCCAAAGCCUCCCUCUGUGUCAGUGAGUCCCUCUGGUGAGAUCAUGGAGGGAAGCUCGGUGACUCUGACCUGCAGCAGUGAUGCUAACCCAGAAGCUAAUUACACCUGGUCCAAGGAGGACGAGGACUCACCAAAAGCAUCAGGACAAAUCUUCACCAUCACUGAUAUCACAGCUGAACAUGGUGGAAAUUAUCAGUGUGAGGCCCAGAACACACAAGGACGUAGUAACGCCACCUUACAUCUGACUGUUGCAGCAGUUUCACCUGGAUCAUUGAUAUCAGCACUCAUUGGAUCAGCUGCUGCAGUUUUCCUCGCUGUGACUCUCCUCUCCGUGUUCCUACUGAUCAGAAGAAAGAGAAACUCUCAGCAAUCUGCUGAUCCUGGGGACAGACUUGACCACAGUGAGCAGCGUCUACCCAAUCAGUCUGAGGAAAACUGUGACCUUCACUAUGCCAGUGUCCACUUCAUGAAGAGACAGACGGAUCCCAUCUACUCCAACGUCGGAUCAGCUGAACCCAGCAAACACAAGGAGGCGGAGGAGGUUGCGUACGCUUCUGUCAACUUUAACAGAUCUGCCCCGAGAACCAGAGGUCAGGACACUGGAGAGGAUCCAGCUGCAUUGUACAGCACAGUCAAAAAACCUCCUGCUGUUUAGACCAACGUCUGGAAAUCACCUCAGUCCCGAUGGAAAUAUCUCAACAGCUGCGGGCUGGAUUUGAAUAGAAGUUCAUACAACUGUUCAUGGUCCCCACAGGAUGAAUCCUACUUUGGUGACAGUCAGACUCCAGCAUCAUUGUUGAAGUGAAUGUUCAGUUUUAAGUGACUUGUCUUGACAGCUAAUGGAUAAAUUGCCCCGAGGAUGAAUCCAAACGACUUCGGUGACUCGACUUUUAUCUGAAAUAUAUCAGCAACUUGUAGAAGUUGUUAAAAACGCCACAUUUAGCCUGAAAGAAAAAUAUCAAACAUUUUAUAACUUACAGCUUCAAACAUGAAAAUAUCUGCGGUGUGUGUCA